AUGAAUGGCGCGGCCAGAAAUGGCGAUUUGGACGUUCUGCAGUUUCUGCAUGCGAAUCGAAGCGAAGGAUGCACGGAGCUGGCAAUAGAUUUGGCGUGUGAGCAUGGUCAUUUGGAAGUAGCCCGUUGGUUGAACGAGCAUCGGAGUUGGGAAGGGUUUACUGAGUGUGCGUUCGACAAGGCUGCGGGAAACAACCAUAUGGCCGUUGUGGAGUUUCUGCACUUUGAACUCGACGCGCCAAGCACCGAGAAGGCCAUGGACUUGGCUGCCGAGAAUGGGCACUUGGGGAUGGUCCUAUGGCUCCAUGAGCACCGGUCGUUCCAAGGCUGCUCCGAACGAGCUCUGGGUAUGGCGGCGGCCAAGGGCCAUCUAGACGUGGUGAAGUGGCUCCACGCGAAUCGAAGUGAAAGUGGUAGUCCUAGUGGGUUUGCUGGUGGUGCAGCCGCAGGAGGUUUGGAGAUGAUGCAAUGGUUGGUGACUCAUCGCCCCGACGAUAACUGCUGUGACGAAGCAAUGCUGGCUGCAUCGGGAAAAGUUAUUGGAUGGCUGCUAAGUCGUCCGAACUUUGCGUCGACGACGCGUGUAGGGGUGGCCACGUCGACAAGGGCCAACUACUGGAAAGUGGCUUCCUACGGCGACCACAAUGAGUCCAAUAACUCGAGCAACGCCUGCGAGCCUCCCGAGCGAAUACACGACGCUUGCUGA